CAUGAAUCAACAUCUUUACCCUUUGUAGAAUCGAUUUCAAAUGUCUUUUGUGUUGAAAUUAUAACAAAUUAAGAUAAAUCAGCAAAACAAAUGUUUGUUUACAAAUCUUAUUAGCCCUAUUCAAAUGUUGAUAUGGAUUUGUUUACUUCAAAAACCUUUUCAGGUGAUGAAAACAAACACUUUUGGUUUGACUUUGCAUCUGUGGUUGCAAAUGAGCUGUCAGACAUCUUACUACAGAGAGAUAUGUAUUACUGGGAAAUGUUAUUUUGAAAAAAAAACAAACUUUUGAGCUGUCACAUUUUAAUCAAAAGAUGGAAAAUACUCUAAAUGGUUUACAGCCUAAGUACUAGCCCAAAACUAGGCCGUAAUACCUUAAAGGUAAUAUGAAAAAAAAAAUCUCUAAUAGCAACAUUGUUAAUACUAAAACGGUCCCAACAAAAAUUCCUUUAACGGCAACAACAGCACAUUCAAAUCCUCUCUGCGUCGCACUUAUGUAUCAUCAAUUUGUAUGCAAUAAGUAUUACGCGUCGGAUUUUCAUAAAGUGUGUAGCAAUUCUCUUGUCAUCGUAUUGAAUAUCGAGCAAAGCGACUGCAUAAAACCUGAACAGUCCAUCUCGUCAUGUACGGAAAGCAAGAUUUACGGUUUAGAUCCACGUAUUCGAACCGAGGGUCUGGAUCUAAGCACCAAGUCUGGACCUGGUUCAAGUUCGGACCUGGUAAAGGGAAAAGGGGAUAGGUUAAAUCCGAGAACUGGUUGGGAUGCGGGAACCGCUCCGGAUCCACGAACUUGCACUGAUCUAGACUGAGAUCCGCUAUUCCGACCGGUUUCUCCCACUAUUAGAGCAGUAAUCCGCCAGGUUGGUUUGACUCGAUAGUAGUACUAUCAUAGAAAUCGACCGAAUUAUCCGACAUAUGAACAGAGCCGAGAUUGUCACGUACUGGAAAACUGUUUGGUUGCGUGAUACCGAAAUUCUUCAUGCCACCGUUUAUUACUCUUGCGGUAAUAAAUGUUUAGUACCGCAAAGCGCAUAUAAUAGAAACGUACCCGUCGGAUUUUGGGUGUAGUUUGCAUAUAAUGGAUGUUCCAAAAAGUUAUAUUUUUAUUAUAAUCUACAACAAAAUUUACCAUUUUUGAUAAUACUACAGUAUUUUUCAUUUCAAAGCUUCGAAAAUAUCACUGAAACUCUUUCAAUCUUAAUCGAAUCGCACAAAAAAUCCGAAAUCGCUUUUUGUAUUUCCCACAAGUUUUCUAUUUUUAACGAUAAAUGCCUCUGAUAGUAAAAUGUAGUGGUAGUGUUCGCUACGUUUUAAUACAAGCAUAAAAAACAUGUAAAAUGUUUUAUACCCAUUAGAUAGAAUGUCAUUCUAUUACUGUUAUUACCUCCCUUUGACUUUUCCAAUUAUUAAAUUGCGUAUCAACCGGAAUCAAUAUCAUGAAUCCGAUACAGACCAAUAACAAAAUCCUGUUUACCUGGUCGUUUUAAUGAAUUCAUCAAAUAUUAAAUAGGAUUUGCAAAAAUCGACAGACAGAUCACUCCCUGCAAGCAUACGAUGUAGGCCAUGCGAGCCAGAUUACGACAAUACUACAACCACAUCUAACACCACAUAAACUUAUCCCCUCUCGACUAAUCCACCUAGAUGACGACGUUGGCAUAUCACGAAUAAAUCAUAUAAGCAAACUUUUACGUCCCUUGCCCUAACAGUAUGUACUUUUAUGUAUCUGUAAUGCCAACUAACAGUACCAAACUGGAAACUUGCGCGCAUGACUUAAUACGAUUCGAUACAAUAACAUAAUGAUAUUCAACAUGAAACGAAAUUAUCGAAGUACAACUACCAUACCGCUAGGGAUAUAUGCAGUUGUACUUCAGCAAAGUGACUCAACUGUUCAGCAAACACAUGUAAGCUUAGAUUUUAAUGUGUAAACAAGUAGUAUUAUUAUGUCUUUAUGAUCGACACGAAAUACAGCCGUUUUGUAGAAGUAGAUGCAAAUGUGAUGUAACCUGUAGUGUUGCUACUAUGAAAGUAAUAACAGAAUUUUCAAAAUAAACAGUAGACAUGUACUAUUAUCGGUUUAGUAAUAAUCCAAAAAAAAAAAAAAACUAUGAAUAGCUCUCUCUCAUUACGUGUAAGCAAUUUUAUCGAAUAAUUAUUUUAAUAUGUAAUGAUCACCUUGAGAUUAUUUUUAACCAUAUAUUUCUUUACACCGUAGAUUUGCUUCCAGUAAUUGUCAGUAGACUGUAUUUUAUUUUCCACGUUUUCGAAACACAACGUUUCGUCCAUUAUCUAACAAAUAUUUCUUGUCGCCCGUCGUAGCUAGCUCCCAGAUACCAGACAGUAUUGAUUGUAACUGGAUGUAACAAGUUUCUCAAUCCCACGUAAUGUAAACAAUGUAGGAAGCCUGUGUAGAUUUUGCGUUAUUGCUAAUAUUUACGUAAAAUAUCGCAAAUAAAUAGUUCGAAAUAUGAAUACUCGAGAAACAAAACAACAACAACAAAAAAACAAUAAUUACAGGAACUCAAUAUUCACAUAAAAUGUUUGAAGUUGAAAUAAAGUAUUGGUAGAUAACAAAAAACAAAAUAAGUAGUUAGUUAUUUCCUCCCGCUUAUCGUACACUCUCGUGCAUACAUUCAUGUACAUUCUAUCUAGAACAUCUUUCGCGUCCAUCUUGUUUUUGAGUAUUGUUUUAAGCAUCACUCGCACUGUUUGUGUUUUACAUUUUAUUUGUAACUAUUCAUCUACCUGUAGCUUGCAACGUUCUGUAAUGUACCAUGUUAUCAUGUAAGUAUAAGAGUUUUAUACUACUGUAGAUCUUAGUCCUAAUUCUUAAAGAACUGACAAUUUCCUUUAUUGUUUCGAUGUAUUUUUUUUUAGAAAAAACAGAUACUAACAUUUUUGUACAUUUCUGUUAUUGUAGAUAACGAAACGCACAUUGCUGAUUGAAGCGGAUGCAUGUUUAGCAUUUCUAGAAUCACCGUAUACGAAUCAAAUAUGGCAACCAACGACAACUGUUUUUUUCUGUUAUUCUAUCUAACCUCUUAUGCAUUCAUAGCUAAUCGAAACAAUUGGAAAAUCUUAACUGACAACUGUUUUACUUUUUUUGUUUGUAUCUCAAAUUUCGCGACACAAUUUCGGCAGUAUCUCACACAGUGCAGGAUCUUGUAUUCAUCUGGAACAUGACCGAUCCGCUAGUGGUGAAUCCGGAGAUUGAACUGCCCCAGCUGGACGUUAGCAACAACUAUACCACGGACUGUACGAUCGAGUACUCGACGGGGAAUUUCACCUGCCUGGCAGUGGUGUUUAAUCUGCGGCGCCGACUGGGUUACCAUCUGUUCCACACGUACAUCCCGUCUGCGCUGAUCGUGGUCAUGUCGUGGAUAUCGUUUUGGAUCAAACCGGAGGCUAUUCCGGCACGGGUUACACUCGGUGUAACUUCACUGCUGACACUGGCUACCCAAAACACACAAUCCCAGCAAUCGCUUCCGCCCGUUUCGUACGUGAAGGCUAUCGACGUCUGGAUGUCAUCCUGUUCGGUUUUCGUGUUUCUUUCCCUGAUGGAAUUUGCCGUAGUCAACAACUAUAUGGGACCGGUGGCAACCAAGGUGAUGAAGGGCUACUCGGACGAGGACCUGACGGAAGCGAUCGACUUCAACAACAAGAACGGUUUCAACAAAGCGCAUCGAACGUCCGAUCUGCCACAGUACGAUACGUUCUGUCACGGUCGGGAGACGGCACUGUGCAUCGAUAAAUUUUCCCGUUUUUUCUUCCCGUUUUCAUUCUUUAUACUGAACGUCACCUAUUGGACGACCUUUCUGUAGAGACCACGAGGGAGAUCCGUCGCUUUGCUAUUACUAGGAUAAACAGUUUAGGUCUAAGAAGCCCCAGUGCAUGUUACUGUAAUGCUUUAGCUCUCGUAUGUUGAAUCUUAUUUUGCGACCGAAAUAAAGCACUCAUAGAAUAAUAUAAUUUGAAAGUAAGGUGAAAAACUUACGGCUGGAUUUUUCUUCAUACUGGUAAAAGUGAAACCACGCGGGUCUGAAUAGGGUGAGCGAGCCAUGCCCCGCGUUGGUGCCAUCUAAAACAAACAUUUAAAGUGAUAAUAAAGAUGAUCUGUUCAGGA